UAAUAAUUUCUUCUAUUCUUUGCUUUGUUCGGUAAAAUGGAUUAAAAAAGCAAAUGAAAAAUACCCCACUCGACCUUUACAAAACCGCCCUCCCCAAAGUCAGUGGAUAAAUACCACAGCCCAUGAGCCCACUAGAAAUUUAAAAAACCAUAAACUCCAAGACCACUGGAAAAGCACCCAGCCCCUGGUUUCUGCAACAACUUAUUUACACAAACUUUUGAGAUGACAGAAUAUAAAUAUGGCUGAACUCCCCAACAACAUCAGCACCAAAGAACAUCUUCUCAGAAUUCAGAAAAACAUCUCUAGUACUCAACCAAGCUUCAAGAGUUCCAGAAAGACUCCAUCAUCAACAAGGAAUCUUUACAGUUUUAAAAUUUAUUCUUGCUGAAAAUGAGUUCAACAAGCAGGGCGUGGAUAGCAGCGGUGAGUGUAGGCGCAGUGGAGGCAAUGAAAGAUCAGGGAUUGAAUAGGUGGAACCACACCAUGAGGUCAGUACACCAGCUUGCCAAGAACAACCUCAGGUCCCUGUCUCAGACCAAGCAGCUUUCUCCUUCUGCAUUGGCUUCAUCAAGCAGUAAAGCUAAAGAUCAAGAAAAACUAAAGAAGUCUGAAGAAUCAUUAAGGAAAGUCAUGUACUUGAGCUGCUGGGGACCAAAUUGAUUGAGCCCCCCAUUAGUACUACUAUUUGUAAUUUUUUUUACAUACAUGGGGCGAUG